AUGUAUGUACUUGUUGCAGAAAUGCCGCUGAAUUUUGUGUCGGUAGAUUCAGAGUUUUGUGGAUUCUGUGGUGCUAUUCUUCAGAUGCCCCAGUUUGCCCCAUCGACGAUCGCUUGCAGAGUUUGUGGCAGUGAAUGGCAUGUACCUGAAAAGCGCGAUCAUUUGGUGUGCAGAAUUGAGAAGAUUUAUGAGAGAACAGUUGCCGAUACAGAAGGAGUCGAGCAAGAAGAUACGGGAGAUGCGGUAGUGGAACAUGUUGAGUAUGCGUUUAAAGCCAUCAAUUCGACUAAUCUGACGGCAGUGGCUGUCAAGGGUGUUGAUACAGCAGUGAUUGCCGUACAGAAGCGUGUUCCUGAUAGCCUUAUAGUAGCUGACUCGGUCACUUCAAUUUACCAAUUAUCGCCAACUGUUGGAUGUUGUGCUAUUGGAAUGAUACCGGACUGCAAGUUCCAGGUUCGUCGCGCUCAAUUGGAAGCCUCACAGUGGAAGUAUCUGAACGGUUACGAUAUGCCCUGUGAGCUUCUUGCAAAGAAAAUGGCCGAUAAAAAUCAGUACUACACACAGAAUGCUGAAAUGAGAAGUCUUGGAUGCGCAAUGAUUAUGAUCUCAUUUGAUGAUGAAGAUGGUGCUGUCGUAUUCAAAGUUGAUCCAGCUGGAUACUAUCGUGGGAUGAAGGCUGUAUCGGUGGGAGUGAAGCAGGUGGGCGAAAGUUUCUGA